AUGUUGUUCAUCGGUCUAACGGGGUCUAUUGCGACCGGCAAGUCAACUGUGUCAUCCAUCUUAGGAGCCCCUCCAUACUCCCUCCCGAUCAUCGACGCAGAUGUUCUCGCGCGGAAGGUCGUAGAGCCCGGAACUAGUGGGUACAACGCCAUUGUCAAGUAUUUUGGGCCUACGACACCUGAACUACUUGUUCCUGCCUCGGAUGAGAUGCCGGAGAACGGCCCUGACGGCAAAGGAAGGCCCCUGAAUAGGCCGGCCUUGGGCAGGAGGGUUUUCGGCGACACCGAGGAGCGCAAGAAGGACCGAGGGGUCUUGAACGGCAUCGUACACCCCGCUGUGAGGACGGCGAUGUACAAGGCCAUCCUAACCGCCUACUUCAAGGGCUACUGGGCAGUCAUCCUCGACGUGCCGCUCCUGUUUGAAGCCGGCAUGGACAAGCUAUGCGGGACGGUCAUGGUCGUUUCGGUAUCAGAUCCAGAGAUCCAGAUGCAGAGGCUGAUGGACCGCGACACGCACCUCACGCGGGAGGACGCCGAGAACAGAGUGCGCAGCCAAGGCGAUGUCAGGGUCAAGGCGAAACGCUGCGCGUCGAGGGGCUCCGGCCGUGGCGUGGUACUACUCAACGACGGGUCCAAGGAGGAAUUGAAGAAGACCAUCGACGAAGCCAUCAGAGAGCUGGAGAAUGCGAGCCCGAGCUGGUGGGCCUGGUUGUUGCUUGCCUGCCCGCCCGUGGCUGCGGCCAAGGGCGCUUGGGAAUACUGGAACAACGGCAAGAUUAAUGAGAAGUGGGCGGCGCAGGAGAAGGAGAUUGCUUCGAAGCUCUGA